AUGGCCCACUUCGCCGGCGCCUCCGCCUCCGCCGACGACGAAUUCUGGACGGCGUGCCCGCACUGCUGCUACGUCCACUCCUACCCGCGCCUUUACGUCGCCCGCCGCCUCCUCUGCCCCGUCGCUACAUGCCGCCGCGUCUUCUCCGCCGACGAGCUCCCCUCCCCGCCGCCCAUCGUCCCCGGCACCGACAUGUACUUCUGCACCUGGGCCUUCUUCCCGCUCGGCCCGCCCGCUGUCGCUCAAGGCUGGGCCCCAUUCACCCCUUUCAACCCAGCUCCGCCUCCAUCCCCAUCCCCCACCCCAAACCCUACCGCCGCCACCGCCACGCCCGCCUCUGCCAUUCCAUCCCGCGUGAGACCCACCUCCAGGAAGAAGGUUGGCGUGUGCCUCAAGGGCAGAGCCCGCGUCGAGGCGGAGGAGGAGGAAGAGGAGGAGGAGGAGGAGAAGACGUCCACCGUCGCCAACCUCAAGGCCGACGAGGAGGUGCAGAUGGAUUGGCUAAGCCUUGGCAGCAGCAAUGGCGACAGCGGAAUCAACAUCAACGAAUCGGUGGAUCUGAGUGAGCUGGGAUUCCGCAUUGACGAGACGGGAUUCCUUCAGGAGUUACCCUGA